AUGAAAAGUAGCACAUUUUACGAUCACGAAACACGUAAAGAGCACCACAUCUCGGACAAGAUGGCGGCGGAUGACGAACUCAAUAACGAGGUGUUGAACCUGCUAGAAGCACCCUACAAAAAGGAGGAUGAUGCAUCACCCGUAGCAAACGGUUCCACUAAUGGUGAGAAGAAGCUAAAGGAAAAUGGCCACAGUAAAUCGUCUCGCCACCGUAGCCGGUCACGUGAGCGCGAUAGAGAACGCGAACGGGAUCGUGACCGUGAACAACCACGCGAGCGUGAAGCAGAAGGACGUACGAAAAAACAUCGUUCGGGAUCGCCGGGUCGGAGCCGGGACAAGGAGCGGCGUCGCAGCAAGGAACGAAGCAAAUCUCGUUCACCAGCGCGUCGCGAUCGUUCUAAAGAUCGCCCCAAGGAGAAAGAACGCGUGAAAACCGAACAUCAUCGCCGGGAAGUGGUGGAAAAGCGUCGAUCUCGUGAACGGGACCAUCGGCGUCGUUCACGCGAACGGGACUUCCGUCGUCGCAGCCGUUCGAGGGACGGUGUCCGUGGACGGGGAGGUCGCCGCUCUAUGUCACCGAAACCCUACCGUGGCCGCGGACGAGGCGGUUCCAGUGGUUACUAUCGUGACCGUUCUCCACUGGAAGAGAUGACCCAGGAGGAUCGGGAUGCGCGUACCGUCUUUUGCAUGCAGCUGUCCCAGCGCAUACAUGCGCGAGAUUUGGAAGAGUUCUUCUCGAGCGUAGGCAAAGUGCGGGACGUACGGUUGAUCACGUGCAACAAAACGAAGCGAUUCAAGGGUAUCGCUUACAUUGAGUUCAAGGAUCCCGAAUCGGUAGCACUGGCACUCGGGCUUUCCGGCCAGAAGCUGCUCGGAAUACCGAUCAGUGUGCAACAUACGCAGGCAGAAAAGAACCGAAUGGCCAGCCAACCGCCAGCGGCACCGCCGAAAAAUCCUUCCGGACCGAUGCGAUUGUACGUUGGUUCGCUCCACUUCAACAUCACGGAAGAUAUGUUAAAUGGCAUCUUUGAACCAUUCGGCAAAAUUGAUAACAUUCAGCUGAUCAUGGACGCAGAUACUGGUCGCUCGAAAGGCUACGGGUUUAUUACGUUCCAUAAUGCCGAUGAUGCCAAAAAAGCACUGGAACAACUGAACGGGUUCGAACUGGCCGGUCGUCCGAUGAAGGUAGGAAACGUGACAGAACGAUUGGAUGUCACCACGCACGCCUCGUUAGAUACGGACGAAAUGGACCGCAGUGGCAUUGAGCUCGGCGCAACAGGACGAUUGCAGCUCAUGUUCAAGCUGGCCGAAGGUGCCGGGCUUGCCGUACCUCGUGCUGCGGCCGAUGCGCUGCUGGCAACCGCACCACAGCCCGUACCGCAGCAACCGAUCCAUCAGUCACCACCGAUCGCUACCCAGUGUUUCCUGCUGUCGAACAUGUUUGAUCCAGCUACGGAAACGAACCCGAGCUGGGAUCUCGAAAUACAGGACGAUGUGAUAGAGGAGUGCAACAAGCACGGUGGCGUGCAGCAUGUGUACGUCGACAAGCAAUCGCCUUCGGGUAACGUGUACGUCAAAUGUCCCAGCAUUGCCACGGCCGUGCUCGCGGUGAACGCACUGCACGGACGAUGGUUUGCGGGUCGCGUUAUUGGAGCGGCAUACGUGCCACUGAUCAACUACUACAACCUGUUCCCUGACGCAUCGCAAGCCGUUUCGUUGCUACAGCCCAAACGUUCUGGUUGA